ACCAUUUAUUUUUCUGAUAGCCAUACAUGUAAGUAUGUUAGAUGCAUGUGGAAUAUAACUUCAAGAAAUAUAUUCAACUACUUGACCCAAAAUCUUAGGAAUAUACAAAUACUAAAUCAUGAACAUUGACUUACUAGUUCCUACACAUCUAUAUAACAGUAAUUUGUUUGGGGUAUGAAUAUCAUCUACCAUUAAACCUUCUUAAACAACAACUUUUUGCAUUAAAACAGUUUCCAACUUUAAUUAUAGCUAGAGUUGGAAAAUGGCACCAUCCAAGAUAUUUUAUCUUGGAUGCUUUGUUUUGUUGUUGGGCAUGUUGAUAGAGGCAACAACUCCUCCGGGAAUUGCCAAAAAUCCUUCAAGAGCAUCAUGUAAGAUCAAGAAGUACAAGAUGUGCUAUAACUUGGAACAUGUUUGUCCUAAGUUUUGUCCAAAUAGCUGUGAAGUAGAAUGUGCUUCAUGCAAGCCAAUUUGUUCUUCUAGAUCAUCAUCAAGUGAUGGUGACAAGGGAUCCUCCUCUCCGCCUGAAAUUGAUUCACCUUCGUCUGAUGCAGGAUCAUCACCGCCUACAUACGAUACACCUUCGACAGAUGCGGGAUCAUCACCAACUCCGCCUGGAUAUAAUUCACAAUCACCACCAUCAUUUAAAGAUGGUUCAGGUGGUAAUAAAGGUGGUGAAAAUUCUAAAGGAGGUAAAGAAGAAGAUAACAAUGACAAAAGUGAGAAAAAAGAAGAUGAUGAAAAUGGUGGUGAAAAAGCAAAAGAUAAGGGGAAAUCUAGUGAUGAAGACGAAAAAGAAAACAAAGAUGGUAAAAAAGGAGCGGGUGAAGACAAAAAAGAUGAUGUUGAAAAUGAUUCAUCUUCAUCUAAGACAGGAUCAUCACCACCUACUUAUGAUACACCUUCUACUGCAGAAGGAUCGGUACCACCACCGUCAUCAACGCCAUCUAAAGGUGGUUCGAAUAGUAAAAAAGGCGGUGAAAAUUCCAAAGGAGAUAAAGAAAAAGAUAACAAGGAUGAAAGUGAGAAAAAAAGGGAUGAUAAAAAUAGUGGUCAACAAGGAGAUAAUGAGAAAAAGGAUGGUAAUGAAGGGGAAGAAAAAAAACAACGAAGGUAAAAAAGGGGUUGAUGUGAAGGAAAGUGGUAAAAAUAGAACUGAUGAAGAUAAAGAAGGUAAAAAGAGAGACGAUGAUUCAUCUUCAUCUAAUGCAGGAUCAUCAUCACCUACAUAUGAUGCACCUUCUACUCCAAAAGGAUCAUCACCACCACCGUCAUCUAAAGAUGAUUCGGAUUCGAAUUCGAAUUCAGAUGGUAAAAAAGGCGGUGAAAAUUCCAAAAGAGAUAAAGAAGAAGAUAUAAAAAAUGAAAGUGGGAAAAAAGAAGAUGACAAAAAUGUUGACAAGAAAGAAGAUGAUAAGAAAAAGGCUGGUAAUGAAGAGAAAAAAGAGAACAAAGAUGAUAAAAAAGGAAAUGAUGAAGAUAAAGAAAGUAAAAAAGGAGACGAUAAUGGAAAUGAUUCACCUUCAUCUAAUAAAGGAUCAUCAUCACCUGCAUAUGAGGCACCUUCCAUCGCAGAAGGAUCAUCACCAUCAUCUAAAGAUAGUUCGAAGAAUCACAAAGACGGUGAAAAUUCCAAGGGAGGUAGUGAAGAUACCCAAGAUGAAAGUGAGGAAGAAAAUAAAGAUAAAAAGGGUGGUAAGAAAGCAGAUGAUGUGGAAAAUGCUAAGGCUAAAAAUAAAGGGGAUAAAUCUCCACCACAAUCUAGGGUACCAUCAUAUAAUUCUCAUACCCCAACACCAUCUUCAUCAACACCUUUAGCACCAUCUCCUUCUCCCCCGUCACAAACACCAUCCCAUACAUCUUCACCACCACCACCACCUUCCUCUUCUACUCCAUCAACACCACCAUCACCACCACCAAUAACUGCAUCUCCAGCUCCAUCUACACCGUCAUCAUCUGGGGAUAAUUCUUCAUCUUCGUCAUCAUCGUCGUCCUCUUCUGCUUCUUCUUCCUCGUCCUCCUCAUCCUCAUCCUCAUCAUCUUCUAGAGGACCACCUAAUUCUGAUAAUUCAACAACUCCAUCACCAUCAACUAAAUCUCCACCACCUUCAAUAUCAUCGUCUACUCCAUCACCAUCUCCAAAAUCUCCAUCAAUCCUUCCAUCUUCACCGCCAUCAACAGUUUCUAAUACUCCAUCAAGCCCACAAUCACCACCACCAACAAACCAUUCACCUACUCCAUCUCCGACAACUGCAUCUCCAACUCCAUCACAUGAGGACAAUUCAUCAUCAUCAUCAUCAUCAUCAUCAUCAUCAUCAUCAUCAUUCUACCCCACGAUCACCCCACCAUCAACGCAUCAUUCACCUACUCCAUCUCCGACAACUACAUCUCCAACUCCAUCACAUGGAGAUAAUUCUUCAUCUUCAAAUUCUUCAUCUUCGUCAUCAUCCUCCUCUACUUCUUCCUCUUCGUCUUCGUCGUCGUCUGCCUCAUCAUCAUCGUCAUCGUCGCAUGGAACAACACCAUCUGAUUCUCAUACUCCAAAAACCCCAUCAACAUCUCCUAAAACUCCACCACCAUCAAUAAUAUCGCCUACUCCAUCACCAUCUCCAUCAAUUCCCCCAUCGUCACCACCAACAUCAACUCCUAUUACUCCAUCUACCCCACGAUCACCACCAACAACAACACACCAUUCUCCUACUCCAUCUCCGACAACUGCACAUCCAAAUCCAUCACAUAAAGAUAAUUCUUCAUCUUCGUCAUCAUCCUCUUCCACCUCUUCCUCUUCUGCCUCUUCCUCUUCCUCUUCAUCAUCGUCAUCGUCAUCCAAAACACCAUCUAACUCUCAUUCUCCAAUGACCCCAGCACCAUCUCCUAAAUCUUCACCACCUUCAAUUCCAUCACCUACUCCAUCAUCAUCUCCCAAAUCUCCAUCAAUCCCCCCUUAUUCAUCACCACCAACAUCAUCACCUCCCAAAUCUCCAUCAACCCCACCAUCAACUAAAUCCCCAUCUUUAGCACCGUCACCUACUCCAUCGACCACACCAUCACCUUCAAAUACUCAAUCUAAUGAAGGACAUAACUCAACCUCUUCCUCCUCCUCCUCAUCAUCAUCAUCGUCGUCGACGUCGUCGUCCUCUUCCUCAUCAUCAGGAUCACAAUCUAAAUCUCCUGCUCCAUCAACCCCACCAUCUUCCUCUCUAUCUCCAUCACCAUCACCUACAGUUCCAUCACCUUCAACUCCAUCUCGUAUGCCACCAUCUGUAACACCCCCUUCGUCUACACCAACAUCGCCAUCACCAUCGCCAGUUUCACCAUUACUUCCUUCUACUCCAUCAUCCCAACCAUCACCUACCCCACCAAAACCUUCAUUGAAUACACCUUCUUCUAAUUCAGGAUACAAUUCAUCCUCUUCGUCAUCAUCAUCAUCUUCGUCUUCAUCAUCAUCCUCCUCAUCGUCAUCAUCGGCAUCUAAUUCUUCUAAUAAUUCAUCCCCAACCGCAUCACCAUCUCCUAAAUCUCCGCCCCCUUCAACACCAUCUCUCACUCCAUCAUCACCAAAACCUUCUCCAUCUAAUCCAUCAACCCAACCACCAUCAUCACCCCAACCAAAUCCUACUCCAUCCACCCCAUCACCACCAACGACACCUCCAAUAUUAUCUCCUACUCCGUCAACCACAUUACCACCAUCAAAUACAUCUGGUUCUAAUAAUGGAUAUAACUCCUCUUCAUCAUCAUCUUCGUCAUCGUCGUCAUCAUCAUCAUCAUCAUCAUCCUCCUCCUCCUCCUCCUCCUCCUCCUCAUCGUCAUCAACCUCACCAACACCUUCUACUUCUUAUAAUUCUAGAAAGAGAGUUAAAUGCAAGAACAAGGAUUACAACCAAUGUUAUAACCAAGAGCAUGUUUGCCCAACCAGUUGUCCUACUUCUUGUCAAGUUGAUUGUGUCACUUGCAAGCCCGUUUGCAAUUGUGACUACCCAGGAGCCGUAUGUCAAGACCCUCGCUUCAUAGGAGGAGAUGGAAUUACCUUUUACUUCCAUGGUAAGAAGAAUGAAGACUUUUGCCUUGUAAGCGACCCAAAUCUCCACAUCAAUGCACACUUCAUUGGAAAAAGAAAUAAAAAGAUGAGUCGCGACUUCACAUGGGUCCAAUCCAUUGGAAUCUUGUUCGACAACCAUCGCCUCUUCUUAGGCGCCACAAAGACUUCUGAAUGGAAUGAUGCCAAAGAUAGCCUCUCAUUGGCCUUUGAUGGAGAGCCCAUAUUCUUGAAACAAACUCAAGGUUCUCGAUGGUCAUCCACGACAAUGCCACGAGUCAUCAUAACAAGGACGAGUGAAACCAACAGUAUUAUCAUCCAAGUCCAAGGAAAACUUCAGAUCACAGCCAAAGUAGUACCCAUUACCGAUGAAGAAUCUAGGGCACAUAACUAUGACAUAACUAAGGAGGAUUGCUAUGCUCAUCUCGACCUCGGAUUCAAAUUCUAUUCAUUGACGAACAGGGUUGACGGUGUGUUAGGAAAAACUUAUAGGGAUGAUUACAUGAGUCGAGUGAAGAUGGGAGUAGCCAUGCCAAUUAUGGGAGGAGACAAGGAGUAUGCAAGUAGUAGCAUUUUUGCCACUGAUUGUUUGGCUUCAAGGUUUUAUGACGGUCAGGAAGAGACUUCCAUCCAAACCCUGAAUCUUGCUAGCAUGAAUUGUGCUAGUGGGAUGAAUGGACGGGCAGUAGUUUGCAAGAGGUAACAAAAAAAUAAAUU